UGUGUCGAGCUCGAGCUCCCGCUCCCGCCCUCGCUUUCUCCUUCUACCAUCUCCUAUCUCUAGCUCCCAUGAACUACUGAAAUGUUGCUUCCCGCAACUCACUUCCACACCUUCUCCAUCCCACCAAAACUCCCGUCACAUCAAUCUUCUUCCUCCUCCUCAUUCUUCUUCCCUAUUCCAAUCUCUAAAACACUCGUUCCGCGGUCACCCAAAUCACCCAAGUUCUUCGUCCGUUGCUCCGCCGCUGACACGCAUACCCUGCCCAAAUCUGCAAUCCAAAGAAUUGCCGAGAAGCUCCGCAGCCUUGGUUACGCCGAGGAUAGCCAUUCUUCUAAACCUGAAGGUGAUUCCGCUCCGAACAACUCGGCAGGAGAGAUAUUUGUUCCUUUGCCGCAGCAGUUGCCUAAGUACCGAAUUGGGCACACAAUUGACUCAAGUUGGAGCACACCUGAAAACCCAGUUCCUCAACCAGGCACAGGAACUGCGAUAGUGAGAUAUAAUGAACUCACAAGCGAGGUGGAGAAGCAGAAGAAAUUGGAGAAGGAGCUAAGGAAGAAUAAGAAAGAGGAGAAGGUGCCAACAUUGGCGGAGUUGAGUUUAUCGCGCGGGGAACUGAGAAGGCUGACGACUCUUGGGAUACAAAUGAAGCAGAAGUUAAAGAUUGGGAAAGCUGGCAUCACGGAAGGGAUAGUGAAUGGGAUUCAUGAGCGGUGGAGAAGGUCGGAAGUUGUGAAGAUUUUUUGCGAGGACAUUUCUAGAUUAAACAUGAAAAGAACUCAUGAGUUACUGGAGAGGAAAACUGGUGGUCUGGUUGUUUGGAGAUCUGGAAGUAAGAUAAUAUUGUACAGAGGGACCGAUUAUAAGUAUCCUUACUUCCUAGCUGAUAAAGUCUCAGGAGAUGACAACCUUGGUGAUGCUUCACAGCAUUCAGAUGGGGGCAAAACAGAGAACCAAUCAUCUGGUAUAAAUUCAAAGACACACGCUGAGAAAAUACGUGACCUCGAAACAGAAAAGCCAAGUUUAAUACAAGGUGUUGGUAGUGCCAAUAAAGUGCGAUUUCAACUGCCAGGUGAGGCAGAGCUUGCAGAAGAAGCUGACCGCUUGUUGAUGGGGCUUGGUCCGCGAUUUGCUGAUUGGUGGGGAUAUGACCCUCUACCUGUUGAUGCUGAUCUUCUUCCUGCUAUUGUUCCUGGAUAUAGGAAGCCUUUCCGCCUUCUUCCUUAUGGUGUGAAUCCUAAACUAACCAAUGAUGAAAUGACCACAUUAAGGAGACUGGGCAAACCAUUACCAUGCCAUUUUGCAUUAGGUAGAAACAGGAACCUUCAAGGACUGGCUGCUGCAAUUGUUAAGCUCUGGGAAAGAUGUGAAAUAGCUAAGAUUGCUAUAAAGAGAGGGGUGCAGAAUACUAAUAGUGAGAUGAUGGCUGAAGAAUUGAAGCUUUUGACUGGAGCAACUCUUCUUGCCAGAGAUAAGGAGUUCAUUACUUUGUAUAGAGGAAAGGAUUUCUUGCCAUCUGCAGUGUCUUCAGCAAUUGAACAGCGGAGGAAUAACGCAACCCACAAGGAAAAAUUGAAGGCGGAAAACAGUUCAUCACUGGUAACCACUCCAGAAGUGAAACAUGGAAUUGUAGAGUAUGGUCCUGAAGGCGAUGAUAUUCCCAUUCAGAAAAAGACAUCUAUCUCUGAAGAAAGAUGGUUGAUUGAGACAGCAAUUAAAAGGACCAGCAUGAGAUUGUCAAGGGCAUUAGAGAAUAAAGAGAGGGCAGAAAAGCUUCUAGAAGAACUGGAGAAGGCUGAGAAACCCCAGGAAUUGGAAGUAGAUAAAGAGGGUAUAACUGAAGAGGAGAGGUAUAUGCUACGAAAGAUUGGCUUGAAGAUGAAGCCUUUCCUGCUGAUGGGUAGACGAGGGGUUUUUGAUGGAACUGUCGAAAAUAUGCACCUUCACUGGAAGUAUAGGGAACUUGUGAAGAUAAUUUGUAAAGAAAGAAGUCUGAAAGAUGUCCACCAAACAGCUCAGACCUUAGAAGCAGAGAGUGGUGGAAUUUUAGUGGCAGUAGAAAAAUUGAGCAAAGGUUAUGCAAUAAUUGUGUAUCGUGGAAAGAAUUAUAGUAGGCCCGCACGUUUGAGGCCUCAGACACUUUUAAACAAAAGAGAAGCAAUGAAGCGAUCUAUAGAGAGUCAGCGCCAUGAGUCAUUGAAGCUUCAUGUUUUGAAGUUAAAUAAGAACAUAGAGGAAUUGAAGCUUCAAUUGGUUAAAGAUAAGGAGGCUAAAAGUAAGCAAAUAACUGAUGCAUCAAGAUUUGAAUUGGCCAAAGAGGAGAUAAAGGGUGCGCAAUCCAAUGGACAUUCAGGAUCAACAACUGCACUCAAAUUAAACGCUUCUUCUUCUGCAGUACCUGCUUUACAAGAAAAACAGACAAGGUUGGAUGAGGUGGAUGGAUCUGUCGUUAAUACAAGGAAUUGUGUUCCUCGCAACGAGUCAAUGGAAUCAUCAAUCAAAUUAUCCAAAAGCGGUCCCAAGUCAUCAGCUUCAGCAACAGAUGAAAAGAGUUCAAUUGAGUUGCCUUCUAGACCUGUGAAUCUUUCCAACAAAGAAAGACUUCUUCUGCGAAAGCAGGCCUUGAAAAUGAAGAAACGGCCUGUCCUUGCAGUAGGAAAAAGUAAUGUUGUGACCGGGAUCGCAAAAGCAAUCAAGGCUCACUUCCAAAAGCACCCUCUUGCCAUUGUGAAUGUAAAAGGCAGGGCAAAAGGGACGUCAGUUCAAGAGGUGGUUUUCAAACUAGAGCAAGCAACAGGUGCAGUUCUAGUGUCUCAGGAACCCAGCAAGGUCAUACUUUACCGGGGUUGGGGGGCAGGCGAGAAAUCCGAAACUGAUGUUAACUGCGUGGAUAAGGACAAGGGUAAGGGUAAAGAGGAGGGGGCAAAGCCCACUGUGUCACCCCAACUCCUGGAAGCCAUUAGAAUUGAAUGCGGAUUACAGUGAAGUAGUGAACAAUCCUGAGCUCAAGCUUUCUCCUGACUUGUUGCUGCGAAUAUUUGUCCACAAGCUGUGUCAGGAAGGCGGUUUUGCGCCGGAGUUUGUCAGAGAAGGGUGAAAUCAUGUACAGAUGAGAAUUGGUAUUUGUUGAGGCCUUGAGAAUUUUUGAAAUAAUGCACCUAUUUAUAGGCCAUGAGAAAUAAGAAAUAUAUGAAAUGCAAUAUAUUUUUGGAUGUAAUUAGAUUCAAACGC